GGAAAAUCUUGGUUCAAGGAUCACCGAAUUCAUUGAAAUGCAUCUGCAUCUGCUUCCACUUCCGGUUUGACCGAAAGUAGAGUUUCGGAAAAUUGGCGAUUUUAUGGUGAUGUAAAAAGAAUUUAAUAUUUGUCAGUAUGGAUGGGAAUCGUUCAGUGAUAGAAAUCCUAGAUUCCCCUGAAGUAACAGGCACAAAGAGAAAACGUGAUCAUGGUGACAGUUCAGAAAAUGACUAUAAUGUCGGAGCAGCGCCAAAACAUCCUCUUUUAGACUCAAUCACCAGCAGAUUUGAACAGAAUAGAGCAGAUAGAGAAGAAAAGAAUGCCUUGCUGAGAUCUAAACGUGAGAUUGAAAAAGUCCAUUCCAAUUAUCUGAAACAAAAUCUAGAUCAUCAAGAGUUAGCUAGAGCAAAUUAUGCUGCCAGUUACUGGGCUAAGAAAAAUGGUAUAAAAGAUACAGCAUCAACACUAUCAACUGUGCCUAGUCAAAGUGGUAGGCCACCUGGUAAUGAAGCAAAGAAAAGGCAAAAGAAGAAGAAGAAAGCAUCAAGUACCAACACUGAUGCAUCAGCUAAUAGUCGAUCAUGGCUUGAUACUAGUGAUAAUGACUUUUCUCCCCCAGAAAAUGUAUCUUUGUUAAGCUUGAGAAACAAAGCUGGAGAGACUGCGCAAGUUCUUGGUUCAGCUGCAAGUGCAUCAUCUGAGGGGAAAUAUAUUUGUCCUGUUUUGUUCUGUGAUGCUGAAUUCUCAUCCGAAGGAUCUCUAGGACAGCAUAUGAAUCUGUUUAAACAUUCCCCUUGCAACCCUUUACGGUUAGCUGAAGACACAAAGCUGCUACCAGAUCCAGUUUGCUUCAAAUGUCCCGAUUGUGACUUAGAAUUUGAAAGCAAAGAUUUGUGUAGGGAACAUAUGGACAGAGAAAAUCACUUGGUGUUUUAUCCCCCACUCGCUAUAACAGCUUAUCAAUGUCCAGAUUGCCUUUAUUUGUUCAAGAACCUACAGUCAUGUUUAAGUCACAUGGAAAGUUCAAGGCAUUACAGUUUCAAGUUCCCAUUCAAAGAUGAUGUAACAGAUGGUGAUUUUAAUCUACCAGUGGCAUUAGCAGAGGAAUUUGUUCAAGAUUACAUCAAAGAGUGUGAAAAGAUACCAUUCCAAGUGCAGUGCUUAGAGUGUAGCAUGUUCAUUUUGUCGCCAGCUGAUUUAAAGCAACACCCAAAUUUCCAUAGAGUAUGUGUGCUCACUGAUAACGAUUUGGUAAGAACAUUUUUAGCUUGACUAUUAUGUUUAGUC